CUUCUCCAGUGCGCUCCAGUCAAGACUGUCAGGACGCAUGAAUCCCCUUUACUAUCAGCAGAACCUGAUUGCAGGAACAAAAUAGUAUAAAUUGUUAUGCUACCUGCUUAAAGGCACAGAGGGCUGAGUGAACAGCUUUCUCAACUCAUAGGACAGGUAAAAGUAACUGUUUCUGUAAGGAUAUUCUUGAAUAAUAAAUGGGGGAUCAAAAGUAUUGUGGCAGGAGAUUAGACAUAUGCGGGGUCUUGCCGUAGGCUAACAUAUUAUUAUUAUUAGUGAAAGUAAAGCGGACAAUCUAGAGAUCGGAUUAGAUCAACUCUUUGGAUCAAGAUAGCAUGCAUGUUAUUAAAGAUGGGAAGCCAACAACAACGUCUGAGUAUUUGAUCUUAAUAUGGGAAUAGGAUGUGUAGCCCGGACAGCUGCGUAAGAGGAACAGUAUGCCUUAGGUGAAAAGAAGAACGAAAAUGAUCCAACCUGGAGUCACGUUCAAACAACCGAAAGUGUUCUGUGUUUCGAAAGCAAGCGUGUGUGUUAUGUAUCACCUGUUUUUUUAAAUAAUCCUAUGGAACUAACGGUUUUCGUCUGGAUCCUUCACCAUGUCAAAAGUAAUUCAGAAGAAAAACCACUGGAUCACCAAAGUUACCGAGUGCGCUGUGAGUCGGGAUGCUCGCGGGGAGCUGAAUGUGGAGCUGCGCGGCGGUGCGGAGAAUGGAGAGUUUCCAUACAUCGGGGAAGUUAGAGAGGAUGUUUUGGUUUAUAAAAACGGACAACUGUCUGAGGGGGAGUUACUGCUGGAAGUUGAGGGUUUGACGGUGUCUGGAUUGCCACUCUAUGACGUCUUGAUUGUGAUGAAUCGUUGCAAGGGUCCCGUCAGUUUGAAAACUGUCCGACAAGGUAACAAGCUGAACAAGGACUUGAAGCACUACCUGAGCCUGAGGUUUCAGAAGUCCUCCCCCGACCAUGAGCUCCAACAGACCAUCAGAGCUAACCUCUACCACCAUGCUAUGCCUUGUACGACACGCCCCCCUCGAGACGGGGAGGUCCCCGGGGUUGAUUACAACUUCCUGUCUGUGGAGGACUUCUUGAACCUUGAGCAGAGUGGAACACUACUGGAAAUAGGAACGUUUGAAGGUAACUAUUAUGGGACGCCUAAGCCGCCGAGGCAGCCCGUGGUUGGGACAGUGAUUCUCAGUGAUGCUGUGCACCUCAACGGCCCUCCAGGCUCCCAGCAGUCCACUCCCAAGCGCACCAAGUCCUACAAUGACAUGCAAAACGCCCAAGUAGGACCUGCUGACUACGAGGAUGACGACCAGGCUACAGAAAUGAACAACAGUUUUACAGGAUCCUUAGUUCGUAGUCUCUUCCCCUCUCCCUUGUUGUGCACAGGUAACCCUAGCGACCAGGACGAGAGCUGCGGCGGUAUUCUACGGCCGUACCUCGCGCGCGAGAACGCUCCGUCCUAUGGUCUGAACAACGUGGCCGCAUCCACCUCGGACAGCGGGCAGCAGACACACGCCCAGCCCCAGGCCUCCCCAGAUGACCCCCUAGGACCCCUGCCAGGCAACUGGGAGAUGGCUUACACCGAGAAUGGAGAAGUCUACUUUAUAGACCACAACACAAAGACCACAUCGUGGAUCGACCCUCGCUGUCUGGAGAAACCUCUAAAACCUCUGGAAGAGUGUGAGGAUGAUGAAGAAGGGGUCCAUACGGAGGAACCGGACAAUGAGCUUGAGCUGCCUGCUGGAUGGGAGAAGAUAGAUGACCCAGUGUAUGGGGUUUACUACGUAGAUCACAUCAACAGGAAGACCCAGUAUGAGAACCCCAUAGUGGAGGCUAAACGCAGGAUGCAGCUGGAGCAGCAGCAGCCGCAGCCUCCUGAAGGUGAGCGGUACAUUCGAGAGUGGAUAGAGGAACACUCCUCAGCUGGUGCUCCCCUGGCCGUCUAUGCCAGUAACCACCUGGAGACAUACCGUGACCCCCAGGACCCGCCCCCACUGCCCCCUCCCCCGGGAGGGACCAAACGAGGGAAGCCGUUCUUCACACGGAACCCAGCAGAACUGAACGGUACCUUCAUCAACACCAAACUGAAGAAGAGCCGCCGUGGGUUCGGCUUUACCGUCGUCGGGGGCGAUGAGCCGGAUGAGUUCCUCCAGAUCAAGAGUCUUGUCCUGGACGGUCCUGCUGCUGUGGAUGGGAAGAUGGAGACAGGUGAUGUCAUAGUAAGUGUGAAUGACAUCAUCGUGCUUGGCUACACCCACGCCCAGGUGGUGAAGAUCUUCCAGUCCAUCCCGAUCGGCUCCAUGGUGGACCUGGCCCUGUGCCGCGGCUACCCUCUGCCCUUUGACCCCGACGACCCCAACACCAGCCUGGUGACCUCCGUGGCCAUCCUGGACAAGGAGCCCAUCAUCGUCAAUGGCCAGCAGAGCUAUGACUCCCCGUCCAGCCACGGCAGCCAGACCGGAGGCCCCAUUAACGGGAUGAGGGAGCCGCGGGCCCUCAGCCCCUCGGCCGAGGUGGCGUCCAACGGCUCACACGGCUACUCCUCCAGCGACGUGGUCACCCUGGCGUCGUCCAUCGCCGGGCAGCCCGAGCUGAUCACGGUGCACAUGGAGAAGGGCGAUAAGGGCUUUGGGUUCACAAUCGCUGACAGCUUGACGGGUGGGGGUCAGAGGGUGAAGCAGAUUGUGGACUACCCCCGCUGCAGGGGCCUGAAGGAGUCCGACAUUCUGAUGGAGGUGAACAAGAGGAACGUCCAGAACAUGACUCACAACCAGGUGGUGGACCUGCUCAGCAAGUGUCCCAGAGGCAGCGAGGUCACCAUGCUGGUGCAGAGAGGAGUGGUGCCAGCCAAGAGGAGCCCCAAGCUGGUGCAGCAGCUGGAGAGGAAGGACAGUCAGAGCAGCUCCCAGCACAGUGUGUGCAGCCAUCGCAGCACCCACAUAGACUCUCCCAGCCACCUCUCCUCCAACAUGCCCAGUGAGGCCGUAGGCCCCCCUCCGGCCGCCCCCACUCACCUGUUGCCUGGCCUGCCUCCCCUGCCCACCCAUGACCCUGGAGAUGGUACCAUGACCCUCCAGAAGAAGCCAGACCCCUUCAAGAUCUGGGCCCAGUCCAGGAGCAUGUAUGAGAGCAGACAGCCAGAUUGCCAGGAGCAGGAGAUCUUCCUGUGGCGGAAGGAUACAGGUUUUGGGUUCCGCAUCCUGGGAGGAAAUGAGGCUGGAGAGCCGAUCUAUAUUGGGCACAUAGUGAAGUAUGGAGCAGCAGAUGAGGACGGGCGUCUGCGUUCGGGGGACGAGCUCAUCUGUGUGGACGGCACGGCGGUGGUGGGCAAGUCUCACCAGCUGGUGGUGCAGCUGAUGCAGCAGGCCGCCAAGCAGGGCCACGUCAACCUCACUGUCCGACGCAAAAGCUCAGGAUACGGAGUGGGUAAAGGGGAGGGUGAUGUGCCCCCAUCCCCGGCCUCGUCGCACCACAGCAGCACCCAGGCCCCCUCCCUGACCGAGGGCAAGCGAACCCCCCAGGGCAGCCAGAACUCCCUCAACACAGUCAGCUCCGGCAGUGGCUCCACCAGUGGGAUCGGCAGUGGGGGAGGAGGGGGCUCCGGCAGUGCUGUGGUCCCCGCAGCCCUGCAACCAUAUGACAUGGAGAUCCAACGCGGAGAGAACGAGGGCUUCGGAUUCGUCAUUGUGUCGUCGGUCUCCAGGCCUGAUGCCGGGACUACUUUGGCUGGAAAUGCAUGUGUGGCCAUGCCCCACAAAAUAGGGCGCAUCAUCGAGGGGAGCCCUGCGGACCGCUGUGGGAAACUGAAGGUGGGCGACCGCAUCCUGUCCGUCAACGGCUGCUCCAUCACCAACAAGUCCCACUCGGACAUCGUCAACCUGAUCAAGGAGGCUGGGAACACCGUCUCUCUGAGGAUCAUCCCGGGUGACGAGUCCUCCAACGCGUCUCUGUUGACCAAUGCUGAGAAGAUUGCCACCAUCACCACCACGCACACACCCCAAACUGCCACAGAGUCUCGGAAUAACUCAAAGUUGAAACAGGCUCCUCCUCCACCUCCUCCAACACAAGCUCUGCCCUCACAGGAUGCAGAGUUCUACUCUGUGGAUCUGGAGCGGGACAGUAAAGGCUUUGGGUUCAGCCUGAGAGGGGGACGGGAGUACAACAUGGACCUUUAUGUGUUGAGGCUGGCUGAGGACGGGGCAGCUGGCAGGAAUGGCAAGAUGAGGGUGGGAGAUGAGAUCCUGGAGAUCAACAGCGAGAGCACAAAGAACAUGAAGCACGCACGCGCCAUCGAGCUGAUCAAGAAUGGUGGCCGGAGGGCACGCCUGGUCCUCAAGAGGGGCGAUGGAUCUGUUCCUGAAUAUGACGCCAGCCAUGACGGGCACUCUCCCACACCCGGGUCACAAGACUCUCCGCAAGUGAGAACCCUGCCACCAAACAGCCGAUAUCACACCUCAUCGGAGUCUAGUUAUCCACCAGACCUUCACAAACCAUCACGCCAUGAGGAUGCUGGACAGGGCCGAGACAGGGACAGGAUGGAGCACUCGGGCCGGCACUUUAACCACCACCACCAUCACACCUGGAACAACAACCACACCAACUCCAGACAACACUCCCCGGACAACAGCACCAGCGGCGGGAACAACAAGAAGAGUCUUGGCCGCAAAUUCAAGAAGUCUGACUCGGAGAGCGGCAUCUCGAAACUCUUAAAGACUCUGCGCAAGGACAGCUCUGGGAAGAAGGCUGCAGCUGCAGCGGCGGAGAAAGAACGAGAGCGCUCCGCUAGUAGCAGUACUCUGGACCAGAGAUAUGGUCGAUCGCGCCGCGGCUCCCUCGACCGCUCGCCCACCCGUAAACGCAACACUUCCCCUGACCGACGGCGGGCCAAGUCCAUGGACCGCAGGGCAGAGCGAGCACACCGGGACUGCACACCUGAGAGGGAGUAUGAUGACGGAGGGUUUCUCAGUCAUGCAGCCACACCUGAACGACCACUCUAUGACCGUAGGCUCCUGAGGGAACCACAGACCCCAGGCAGAGCCUACAUGGAGGCCACCACCCCAGAACGCCCCAACAACGGGGCCUCCUCCCUGUCUCUCUCCAGGGACCGCACGACUGACAUGAAGGCCACCACCCCAGAACGCCCCAACAAUGGGGCCUCCUCCCUGUCUCGCUCCAGGGGCCGUACGCCCGACAGAGGCAGCCUGAAGAAUGGCAACCUCCUGAGGGACUCGUCGGCCGAGACGAGGGAUGAGAGCUACGGGAUAAACGGAACACCAGAGAGACGCUACAGGUCAGAGAGAGACUCAUCUCCAAACAGCAGCUCCAGCAGGGAGGAGCUGAACUACGCUGCAGCGCCUGCUCCCAGACUGAAGGAUUACUACAGCACACUGAAGAACAACUCCUCCGCACACCACAACGCCGGCUACAACAAUGCAGGACUUAGCAACAAGGCAGGACAACACCACAACAACGCAGUAGGCCGUGCCCCGAACCAGUUCCCAGAGCCUAAGAGAAGGUUUUACAAAGAGAGCCCCAAGGACCUCAGCAUCUGAGUGGACAGAGCCUGGCUUCUCAGCCCUUGAUCUGUAGAGACUACAGUAAAUACACUGGACUUAGACCUCUGAGGAGAUUGACUCAUGUGAUUUAUCUGAUUGCUUGACUAAUUUGACUACUUGUGAUCCCAGACAGAGAUUCAUACCACAGCAGGAGUACAAUCUUUGUUUUAGUUCUUACUGUACGUUUCUGUUCUCGUUAUUUUGAGCAUAACUGAGGUUGUUAAUACUGUAGUGAAGUUAUGUGUAUGUGCCUAUCAAAUUACAAAUGGUGAUUUAGCUUUUUUAUAGGCGUCUCUGACUCCACAUGUGUUCCCUCUGAGGUUUCGAACAUGCUCCUUACUGUGCUAACAGGUACUUCAUGAUGAGCUUGUUUUAAUAUGUUUUUAGAUGUUGUUUUCCACCCCAGAAUUGCUUUAUAAAGCAAACUAUAGCACAAGACGUUGGCAGUACAGGCAUUUUAUGGACGACUGCAGUGAAAACCUUAGUGAAUAUCAUACAGAACGAAGGCAAACAAACAUUUUAGAACCAAUGGUCAUUUUAGAAUGAAGUAAUAUAUUUCAAAUAAUACUUUUUGCAUUUGACUUGCUAUUUAUUUUCAAUUGGCACACACCAUGAGGUAAAAGGACCAAGUAAUACGCCCGAUCACCUGAAAAUAAUAAUCAUUUUUACCCCUGCUGGAUUUGCUGUAGAAUUAUAUAUUUUUUGAUCUAAAUUGGUAUGGCAUGCCCCUUCCUUACCAAGCCCACAAACCCUAAAAAAUCAGAGAGGGGAAAGCAGACCAUCUAUUGAGAAAAACAGCAGGUAUUGUUGAUAUUUCUCUCACAGAGCAGACAAGUCUAAAAACCCACCCGGAUCUGAGGCUGUAUGAGGUUUCUGUUUUUCAGUGUGUCUAGUAAUGAUGAGCCAAGGAGGAAAACUAAAAAAAUAUAUAUCUCAGUAAGAGGUGUCUGGGUAGACUGCCUGUGGUGGAAUUACAAUUGAACAAAGUUUUGUAUUCCUGUUCAGAGGACAGUAGAAGCAACACGUUACCUGACAAGAGCCUGUAACAUAAAACCUACUUCGCAGUUAUACGCAGCAUGGAGAGGUUGACCGAGAGGUCAAGUGGUUUUAAAGUAACCGCGGUCCUAUAAUGACUUGAUCCUACAAAUGUAGGCUGCUUAUUUGAUCCCACUGUUUCAGGAGACUUUUCCCUUGAUCCUUGGCCCAUUGAUCCUAUGCAGGUGAUAUGGGAGUAUUUCUCAAGUUCCUCUCUUCCUCUCCCUGCCCAAGGAAAUGAGGUGAUGAUGUAAUAAUGUAAGGGACGUUGUUGCGAUGAUAACGGAUGGACCGUUCCAGUACAGAAGUGGGCCUAUCUGCCAGGCUGAGCCAUGCUGUCACACCACUGGAGUCUGACUGCUGCUUUGACCGUGUGUAUCCUCUGUUUUUGUUUCACAAAACGACUAAAAAGAUAUAGGAAAAUCCACAACAAAUGCAUUGUUUUAUCACUGUUGUUGCCAUGGUACUGUAAAAAAAUAAAUACAAACAAAAAAAAGAAAACAUUUAAAGACUUUAACCUGUUGGCCACCACCUGUACAGAAUUUCAAUAUGUAACCAAUAGGAACCCAUUGAGGACUAAAAUGUUGCCUUUUUCUUGUACAAAAGAGACAUUUAUGGGAAACCUCUUUAGUGAGGAAUGUGAUAGUGUUUAUAUUUCUGAAAUGGACCUGAUGAUUCAUGGGAAAUAUGUUAAUGUACUCUGAAUCAGGUAUGUAAAGACAUUCUAAAAAUGGACGACUUUAUUUGGUCAAUCAGAAUCUGUUUGUUGGUUUGAAUAUCUCUCGAUGGUUAGCCUGCCUUUGUAUUAUAAAGCACUUGUAUGCAGUCUGUGUUCUUUAAGCAUUAUUGCAAUGUGCUCCAGACAUAAUGCUAUCUCUGUGUUGAUAAAAGCAUUACAUGUAUAUGGGCCAAUCUUUUUUUAUAAAACACUAUGCAUAUAUAAAUACUACAUUGUUCAUAGCUUUAUUUAACCCAUGAAGCUAUAUAUAACAUUAGUCGAAGUACAAGUAGAUGUGGACUUAACCAGUAAAGCUUCUUUCCUUGAGAUGGAUCACAAUGUAUAUGUAGCUAUCAAAAAGAAGUCUGUGAAUGCUAUUUUUAUUAUCAAAUAAAGUUUUCCAUACAAAUUCAAAA